AUGCCGCUGUCGAUCUGCAGGGCAACGGGGGACGGGGACGGUGGACUCAACACCCACUCCAACUACACUGGUGUUAAUGGUAAUGCUGAUGGUAAUGGUACUCGUAUCCUUCCUCUCGGUGCUGUUUACGGACUUGAUCCAUCAAAGUAUGAACACUUGUACAGCAUGGUUCAGGAAGAAGUUCAAAACAAGACCGCAAAAGGUCCCUCAAGCUGCACAAAUGGGCUUCUGUGGCUCACGAGGGCCAUGGAUUUUCUUGUUGAGUUGUUUCGUAACCUUCUUGAGCAUGCAGACUGGACCAUGACUCAAGCUUGCACUGAUUCAUAUACUAAGACUCUGAAGAAAUUUCAUGGCUGGCUUGCCAGUUCUAGUUUUACGGUGGCCAUGAAGCUCGCUCCUAAUAGAGAUAAGUUUAUGGAGGUCAUUAGUGGAACUUGUGACAUCAAUGCAGAUAUUGAGAAAUUUUGCACAACCUUCUCUCCUUUCCUCAAAGCAAAUCAUGAAUUUCUGGCGAGCGUUGGUCUUGAUGAUAUGAAGGCUUCAUAG